UUUGUCCUCUGUGGCUUUCCCAUCUGUGCUUUUGCUGCUGAGAACUCCAUUGCGGUCUUUGGAGUGAACACUGUGGUCUUGAAAGGUUCCUCAAAGCAAAAGAUAGCGUUGCGGUACCGGUGUCUGUAGAGAUAAAUUUUAAUGUGAAGUAUUGUACUAUAUUUUUAUUCAGGCUUGAACUAGAAGCUAUAAGUCUUACAGUAUUACACAUAAAGUCAAGAACUUUACAUUCUGUGUGCAAUGGCCGUGAACACAGUUCUUCUAGAUUUCUCUGUGACAUCAACAAAACUUACAAGUGCAGAAGACAGUAAGAGUCUGCAGGAUGAUAUGGAAGCAGUAUUGUCAAGUUAUAUACCUGAGUUGAAGAGACAACAUACAUUUAAUUUUGCUGGCAGUUUUAUUGUGCUGCUGACUGGCGACAGAGGAAUUCAUGUCACUCUGCGAGGUUUCCCACAAGGCCUUGUAACAUGCAACAUUGAGUAUUAUAAGGAAGAUGAGGAGAAGCCUCUGUUUCUGUUUGAGUCAGUUCGAAAACUUGAAAAGGAUUUAGCUGAAAAACUCAUCAGCAACAGAUGUCAUUCAAUGCCAGCCUUGAAACGUGGGGAUUGCAUCGAUAGGUACUUCCCAACAGCAGAUGAACGUAUAUUGGAGUAUGAUAUUGAUAAAGUUUUGUAUGAGGAGAAGUCCCCAUAUCAGAAAAUUCUGAUUGUUCACUCUCGAAGUUUGGGUAACCUGCUUGUCCUGGAUGACUUGCAAAACAUGUCUGAAAGUGAUCUAAUCUACACAGAAACACUGAUGCAACGAGGAAAAGAAAAUUAUGAGGGAAAGGAAAUUGUCAUUCUAGGGGGAGGAGAUGGAGCAUUGCUAUGGGAAUUGCUGAAGGAGAAACCAAAAUUUGUGUAUAUGUUGGAGAUUGAUGAAUUGGUGAUGAAAGCCUGCAGCAAGCACCUUCGAAGUUGUUGUGGAGAUUGUUUAGACAAAUUAAAGGGUGAUAAUUAUGAGAUUAUUGUCGGUGACUGUGUAGAAAUGUUAAACCAGUUCAUCACAGAGGGUCGCAAGUUUGAUUAUGUAUUUGGGGACCUGACAGACAUCCCUCUGUCAGCAACCCCACAGGGAGAGAUGUGGGACUUCAUAAGACUCAUCCUCAACUCUUCAAUGGCAGUUUUAAAGUCAGAAGGAAAGUACAUGACACAUGGGAAUGGAGCUUCUUGUCCAGAGUCUCUCAGAAUGUUUGAGGAGCAGUUGCAGAAGCUUUCUGUUUCUGUGGAAUUCUCCAGAGCACAUGCUUUUGUGCCAUCCUUUAUGGAAGACUGGGUAUUCUAUCAGGUGUGGCAGAAGCAAAACUAGCAGACAGCUAGCAGCAUACAGAAAUACAGUAAGGAGAGAAUGAAGAGUGUGCCAAUUAAUGCAUUAUGCAGUCUAGCAGUUCAUGAAGUAAUGAAUUACCUAUGUCAUUUAGUUUCUGUGUUGAAAAGUAAAGAGGUGCAUAAUUUGUUGCUCUGCAUCAAAAUUGGUGGGUUUCAUAAUUUUAAACACUGUCUAGGAAGUAACAGAAUUUAUAAUUUGUCAGGGUGGCUUUGGAAAAUUAGAUAACAGUGACUUAUGGUAGUGGGAAGAAGAGGAGAGGGCAAGGUUUUUACUGAUGAGUAGUGUAGAUGAGGAUAUUUUGUGAUUCUACUUAUAUUACAAAGGAGAAGGAACUUUAUUAUGUAAAUAAUACAAAACAGUUGAGGUUGAAAAUGCUGCCAUUUUACAAUUCUUCUGAUAUAAGAAUGUGAAUUUCUUUUAAUAUUUGAGAAUUAUUCUUCAAAGCAUAAUAUAAUGAGUUGUCAGUAUUUUUCUCUCUCCUCCAGUUUAAAUUUUGUAAAGUGUGUACCAAAUAAUUGUCAUGAUGUACAAGAUGAAAGUUUAAACAUUGAUGAGGAAGUGAUGCCACCACUUUUGUCUUACUCAGUCACCUCACACGUAGUUGCCACAUUAUAUGUUUCACACCACCAUGUUGAUACGAACACCUUCAGACUAUGAUUAUAGAUGCCAAAAUAUGUAAUAGGAACUGAGACUAAAAGGCCAGCCAUCUGCCAGUAAUUGACUUCUGCCCCUCUCAUGGUGAAAUAGCACCCACUACUGUACAGAUGGUCUAAAAACAAAUUGGAUGUUGUCGAAACAUUUGAUUAUCUGUCAUGAAUGAUAGUUUUGUAACCACUUUCCCCUUCUCCUUUUGCCUAAUGCAUCCUUGAUCCACCCAUGGUACAACAGUUACUUGUCAUAGCUUUGUGACUAUUACUGAAGUGAAUUAUUUUUAUUUGAGCAUGGUUUCAAGCAGAUUAUGAGCCAGGGUAACUUACUUUAGUGACUACAGUAUGGGCUGAAUGACCAGGGUUCAGUUUCCAGCAGGGCUGACUUAGUCUCGUGUCCAGUGGGUGCUGUGAUUCUUGUAUUGGGGGUAAAGUGGCCACAUCAUGAAAUUGGCCACUAUUCUCUGUCUACAGCUGGAGUUAAUGUGUGGGGCUAUACCUCUACUCCCCCAUACAUCAGCAUGAUAUGAUGCUUAGUUAUGCACCAGGGACAGCUUUACCUUAAUCUUAAAUAACCCUUUAAAAACUCAGAUUAUGUAUUUCACUUGUGUAUUCAUGGUUUUUAAUAACUGUGCCCGCACUUGUUAAAAAUUGUGCAGAUAUUGUUAAGAAAUAUUAGUUUCUCAAGUGUUUUACUUUUUUAUAAUGAUGUAGAAACUUUUCUGUGGUGUGUUAUAUUGUGGUGUGGUGCAUCUGGUUAUGGUGUUAUUAAACAUUUCUCUUUCCUUUCCUAUGGCAUAUAAUGGAGAGGGAAUUUUAACAAUAGACUCCAGUAUCAUGUGGCUAUAUUUUAAGCUACUAAUCUGAAAUUGUCAGCAGCACUAUUUUAUCCUGAACAACAGUACACAUUUCAGCAAGAAUUAUUAUAUUUGUAAUUUAAAUCAUUGUACUUCAUUGCAUGGACAACUGUAAUUUUGAAAUUGUUUUACCAAACCUGUGAGAUGCAAAUGAUUGUGGCAUGAAUAUGAAAAGGUAAUAUGAUGCAAAAACCUUACCUGGCAAAUAAGCUGCUCAGUGAGGGUACUGAGUCUGAAAGGGUUAAACAAAUAAUGCAUUGAUUUUAUUUUGAGAGAAACUUUUAUUCUUGGAAUACAUUUCCAGACAUAUUUGUGAAGUACGACUUUCCCAAGUCUGCCACAUAAACAAAACAUAUCAUAAUGGUGACUAUUCUGGAAGCUUGCCACAGUGUAAAUUGGAAUAAGAGCUUUGGUGUCAUGCUUUAGAAGCCUGUACCAGUCUUCAUGCUGAAUAUGGAGGUGAUUCCACAUUCAGUACGUGUGCCAAGGAUGGAGUACCAUUUGAUAAUACAUUAUGAUACAAUAUCAGGCCUCACUUAUUUGCCAUAUUAUUACAGUCCACGUGAGUUUAGUAAAUUCCUGUGACAUAUGCAGCCUGGGAAGUUGUGCUGUCUUACUGAAAAAGUCAUGCUUGUUCUGAUUUGGUAUAAACUUCAUGGGUAGUACUUUUAUAACACUAUAAGUUGGUUUGCUUGCCAUUCAGCCACCUGAUGUGGCUUGUAGUCCAAGAGUAUUUCAUCAACACUCACUGUUAUCUUCUUCUUCUGGUGCCUUGACACUAGUCUUGAGAUGCUGGAUGCAUUGGAAAGUAUACUAUAAAUAAAAAAUAAACUAACUUUACCAUUUGAUGAGUCACAUAAUAUUCAUUCCUGUUUAUUUGUCACUACUGACACCAUCAACAAAAUCACAAACAAAUUAAUUUGCAUGCUGCCUUAUGCUGAAAUGCUGGAAGAGGAGGCCUCUGUAUAUAGGCAGAAGGAAAGUGUGUGGCAAAUAGGAACAGCCUGUUGAAUGUUACAAUACUGUGUUGACAGUAUAUGUGAAAUGAAAUAGAGUAGACCGAGUCUCUUGGGAUUUGUCAAUUCUGUUUGGAGAAUGUAUGUUUACAGGUGUCAUAUCAAGGAGUCCAGGCUUUGUAAGAAUGAGUGUUAAUGUUGAUUUAUUACAAAAGUUUUUACUGUAUCCAUUUUGACAAAAUUAGCCAAAUGUCUUGCAACUAAAAUGUGCAGAUAGAGAAAAAUGAAAAGCACGUAUGAGCUGGAGGUGUUUGCAGUAAGGUUUAGUAGCUGUGCUGUAAUUUGUAAUUCAUCUAAUAGGACCUGAUUAUCUGCAUAGAGUAUCAUAUUAGUUUUUCUGUUAGAUAUGAAGUAGAUUCCAUUUGUAACUAUUGGUUUCCAUUCCUGUAGAUUUGUUGAUGUACUGGUGGUAAACCACAUCCCAUCAUAAGUCUUUGUUAGUAGCAAUAGGUUCUGCAAUUCUUCUGUCUGCAUAUUUGUAUAUUCUUCUAAAGACAUUUUAUUGUUUAUAUUAAUGUGUUUUAGAAGCCACUUUCUCCUGUAAUUUCCCAUAGUUAUAUAGUUUAAGUUGUCAACCUUUUUCAUGAUUUGUGAAGUACAAAUAUGAGCAAAUUCAAUUCUUUUAUAAAGUUAUUAAAUCAUAAAGAUUAUAGAUGUAAAUACAAGGCAAAGAGCCAGGGUAGCUAAGUAUUGUGACUAGGUUAUAUAUAGGCUGGAUGACUGGGCUUUGAUUCCUGUCAGGAUCAGGAUUUUUCUCUUACCAACUGCAUUGAGACCAGCUCUGGGGUCCACCCAGAUUUGUAUCCAGUGGGUGGGUACUAGUUCUUUCCUCAGGGGUACAGUGGCUGGACCUUGAAACUGACCAUUCCUCAUAUGUCAUGGUGUGGUGGUUCAUAAAGUACUAGGGACAACUUUAUAUCUUAAUACAAGGCAUCCUAUUCAGUUCUGCUCAAGUUUUGCAAUUGAAGUAAUGUUACAUAAACUAGGGAUUAAUCAAAAUCUGAAUCGGCAGUAUACUGGGCUAUAUUGUUUCAGUUUCACACACUAUAUGAUGUAAUGAAAAACAUUGAAUCAAGUUUACAGUACCUUUUAUUUAAGGUAUUAUUGUUAAAUAAGCAUACAAAAACUGUAUCGAGAAGCACAGAUGUAAUCUAGUUUAUAGAGAAUGUAAGGAAUUGAAAUGCUUUUACAUUGAGAUACAGAGCACUUUAAAGUUUGUUGUUUAUAAAGAGGUCAUUCCCAAAAUUUUUGUGAUACACCUUAAUUAGCUUGUGAAUUAUUUCCAGGAACUGCUGUAUAUUGUGUAUCAGGUUGAUAUAAGCCAAAAGUAUAUAUAACAAGCGGUUCUGAAACCUAUGCAUUGUGAUUAGUAAAUGUCAAUUGAAAUAGGUGAGAUACUUGGUAAGUUCCCAUUUAGGUUUAUUUUGCUUAUGCAUGAAUAGAAAGUUAUGUAAGGCAGCCUAUACAGGCUUAUUUAAUACCUUUUUAUAAUUGUCUAGUCCUUCAGCUGUCCCUAUUUUACCAAGUGACAAGAAACACUGUUCAAAUUAAGUGAUACAUAUUACAAAACAACAGGAAUGUUGUACAGUUCUCCUUUAAGUGCCAGUCAGAAUCAGAAUAUUACUUUUAUAAAUAUCAAUGGUAAAGAAUGUUAUUUAGUUUAGGUUAGUAAUUUUGAUUUAGUCAUAAGCUGAGUACCUGUUGUGCAUAUUAACCAUGUAAAAUAUUUAAUUUUGAUUUACAUAUUUUACAGCAUUGCUAGUGAAACAAAUUGUGUGUUCAGAAGUCCAGUGAGUAUUCAAGAAAUUAUACAGUAUGGUCUUAGAACAUUGUUUUUUGUGGUUUCGUGUCAGAUAUUCCAGAAACGUGGUCAAGGGUUUCUUCUUGGCACCUAGUCAUUCAUGUGCCAUUAUAAUGUGUAUAUCGUUGCAACUCUGUAUGCUGUAAGACUUGCCUUGAUUGUUAAGCUGGAUUAACAAACUCUUUCAGGCUCAUAAUGCUGAAUAUUUGUGUGUUCAGAGUCCCAUUGGCUAUAACUUUUCUGCUUAUACUGUCUCGCGCUUUUAACGUGGAAUGAAUUUGUUUUAUAUAAGGAGUGUGCAAUAAAUUCUAGGUCUAUGACUGAUUUUUUAUGUAUGCUUGAAGUCGGUAAAUACAUAGUACUUGUAUUACAUGCAUGUGAUAAAGUGGCAGAAUUAUGAAUUUUAGCAUUCAGUUUUAUUGUUUUUUAAAGAUGGUAAUGAAGCAGGCAGAUGUGCAGCAAGAUAGUGAAUUUUAUCAUUGCUGAAGUUUCCAGUUUGAAAAUUUGACAGUCGUCUGCACUGACCAGAAAAUACUCUUUCACUUUCCAAAGUUUUCUAUAUUUCUCAGAAAGUUAAAAAUCCAUUCUUUUAAAGCUAGAACUGGUGUGCUGAUCAAUGCUGUCACAAAUACAAAUAGUUGUGAUGAGACCUGUAUCUACAACAAUUAAAGUUCUUGAGGAGGCAUAUUUGGAAAUGCUUCAUCACCCUCUUUAUAGCUCAGAAUUAGUUCCAAGUGAUUUCCUCUCUGGGCUGCUGAAGGUGGCAGUGGCAGAACCGAUGUUUGAACAAGAUGUGAGCUGAAGGGGUUUGGAAGAUCAUGUAUGUAGCAUGGUUUAGUCAUACAGCUGGUGCAUAUUAUAUGUGGAAUUGGAGUAUGACAGUGCCAAUACUCAUGCAGCAGGUUUACAAGGUACAAAAUAAAAUAAGUUCUGAAAUGUAUUGUGCACUCCUCAUAAACUGAUUAUUUCAAAUUUUCAUUAAUCCUUAAGGAAAAUUAGUAAUGUAGGCAAACUGGAUUUUCUUUUAUAAUGGUAUCACACUUCUGUCUUUCACAGAAGAUCUGUUAACCUGGAAAAUUGGAAACAAAAUGUUAAUUUUGAACUGAUUUUUCAGUAUUAAUUAAAGUUUGUUCUACGUUGUUCUUAUAACAUUUAAAAAGCUGGGGAUACCAUGUUUUCAGUCAAUGAACAUGCUAGGUAUAUCAGAUUAACUGCUGCAGAAUAUGGUAUUACAGCUAUUUGUAGUCAGUAAUUAUUAGAUUGUAACUUUGAGAAUAUAUAUGACAUAAUUAAAAUAUUUUUCUGUAUGUUUUAAACUUCAUACAGGAGUUUACUUAUAUUCCUUUUUAUAAUUGUUUUUGUUCAUUGUAAUUUUACCCACAAAUUAGGUACUGUUAUUUCACUGUGAACGUGGAUGUAUGAAGUUCACACUUUACGAUGGAAUUAUUGUUAAACAUUUCCCAAUUAAGAUUUUUCUCAACUUUAAUGUUCAUUGUCUAUAGUUCCAGCACAAUUAUGGCAUUAUUAAGUUCACUCUGGGUAAAGGUUUUCCUCAGGUUAGUGUUCAUAUACAAUAAUUGGGAAUUUCACUGUAUGUUUGUAGUUAGGAGACCAAACUAUAUGAAUGUAUGGGUUUUAGAAUUAUAAAGUUGUAAUAUAAACUCUUGUUUUAUCAUAGUGUGUUGGGACUUACCAGUGAACAUUUUACACUGUAUGUCUUUUUACUUGGAAGGGUUGUUUUCAGUAUGAACUGAGCUAACAUGAUGUUACUUUGUACUUGGCAAUAACCUCUUAUUGUAGUUGCUUACAAAUCACCAAUUAAAUGCAAUGUUAUGUG